AAAUGGCUCUCUGUAGACAAGGUGCCCGACCAGUUGUGUCACGACAGCCAGCAGAUUGCCACCUGCGCGGCUCAACUACGAAAGCUGGCGGCGAGUCCGGGCGCUCAUCCACCCGGCCGGGCGGCCGAGGUGGCCGAAGUCUGGCUCGAGGCCUGCCAGACGGCUUGGCGAGCGGAGAGCAGAGAUCAGAGCCUGCAAGAGCUGGGCGAGGCGUUGCGACUGAGAGUGGCGGACUGGAGAGAUCUGGACAAGUCGCUAUCCAGAAUGCAGAAAUUAAUCCAAACUGUUGAGCCACAGUUGCUCGCCGACGCUGGACGACGAGAGCUCACUGCCGAAGAAUUGCGACGCUUCGAUGAGUGGUCAACUCUGGCCAGGACUGUCGGCGUUCGACUGGGACGAAGUUUGGAGGUUGAGCAAGUCGACAAAUUGGCCAUUCGACUUGAGAACCUCAACCUUGAGGUACAACCUCCUCCCCCUUUUGUUUAG